GGCUUGUUGCAGCAAUCAACGCCCUAUUCAUUUUCAGCCCUUUAUUACUCUCCUUUUCCCCCUACAAUUUCUCCAUCUCUCUCUUUCUCUCUCUCUCUAGGGCUUUGAUUCUUCAACCUCGCAAAUCUAGCCUAUUCCUCUCUCUCUUUGUCGCGAAUUCGAAGUCGAAUCUCCAUAAUCAGUUGAAUCCAUUUCUCGAGUUUCUCUGUUAUCUCUCUCUCUCUCUCUCUCUAGAAAUGACGACCUCCACUGCGAAGAACAGCAACUUGUUGCCGCCGGGCCUGGUGUCCAAUCUCCAGGAUGUUCUGCUCCGAAGGCAAGCCAACAGCGACCGCGAGGAGCAAACGUCGAGUGACGGCGUUGAGCCUGGCUCCGAGCCGUCCUCUUCCUCCUCGCCUCCCGAUGCUGCUGCCGAGCCUAAUUCCGAGCAGGAUCACGACGCCAGGCCGGUCGUUCUGCUCACCAAUGGGGACGGGAUUGAGUCCCCUGGCCUUACCUUUCUCGUCGAGGCUUUGGUCCGCGAGGGCCUCUGCAAUGUCCACGUUUGCGCUCCUCAAUCGGACAAAUCAGUGUCGGGACAUUCUGUGACGCUCAGAGAAACUGUUGCAGUGACUUCCACCGAGAUCAAUGGCGCGACGGCUUAUGAAGUUUCGGGGACUCCUGCGGACUGUGUGUCAUUAGCAUUGUCGGGGGCACUGUUUUCUUGGUCAAAGCCUCUGCUGGUAAUAAGUGGGAUCAACAAGGGUUCCAGCUGUGGGCAUCACAUGUUUUACUCUGGUGUUGUAGCUGGAGCUAGAGAGUCCUUAAUGACUGGCGUACCAUCUCUGUCAAUCUCCCUGAACUGGAAGGAGGAGGAAAGUCAAGAUAGUGAUUUCAAGGAUGCUGUCUCUGUCUGUUUACCUCUGAUAAAUGCAGCAAUAAGAGAUAUAGAGAAAGGAGUUUUCCCCAAAAAUUGCUUGUUGAAUGUAGAAAUUCCCACAUCUCCUUUGAUGAAUAAGGGAUUUAAGCUAACCAAGCAAAGUUUGAGGAGAUCCAUGCCAAGCUGGCUAGCUGUAUCUGCCAACAGGUCCGCGGGACGUUUCAUGUCCAAUCAGCAAAGCCUUGGCAUGCAGCUUGCCCAGCUCAGUAGAGAUGCUUCAGCAGCAGGUGCAGCUCGCCGCCUGGUUACACAGAAAAAGAAUGUUGAGGUUGUUGAAUCAGUUGGAGUUGCAGGAAAAUCUGACCCCAACCGAACCGUGAAAUACUUUCGGUUAGAGUUUUUGGAUAAGGAUCAGGAAGAUGCAGAUGAGGAUGUUGAUUUUAGAGCACUUGAAAAUGGAUUUAUCGCAAUAACUCCAAUUUCUAUUUCACCGCAUGUUGAGUUGGACGCUCAACUAUCUGCUUCAGAAUGGAUUUCCUCUGCCCUUAACACAGAACAAUGACUGAAGCUUUCACGGGAUUUGUGUACAUUUGGAGAUGCAGUUUGUUGUUCUAAUUAUCGAUCCUUUCUCUCAUAUUAUUUUUCUCAUCCUCCUUCUCCUCUAGUUUAAUUUAUUAUUUCGUUGUGGAGCAAAUGGUUCCCACAUUAGUUCAAAUGUUUGGCAUGUUGUAGAAUGUCCACCCAUCCUACUGCCUUAAUGGUGGACAAGGUCCCCAGUCUUCUGUCUCAUCUCGGUCCGAAUAUCGCGUGAGUGAAGAAGAAGUUGGUCAUGUAGUUCGUACCUUGUAACUGAAAAUUGGCAGUGCCGGAACCAUUUUGAUCUCGUGCUUUUUCUUUUUUUGGCCGUACAGUUGGGGAGCUCUGGGAAUUUCAUUGUAACGUCUACUACUUUCAAUGAUUGUUUCCUAGGAAGAGUGACUGAUGAAUGGUUUGAUCACUUUGAUCUUCUUAAAAUAGAAUUUGUAUGUUGUAUUGUGAUUAAA